UGUUUUGCUAUAUAUCGAGGCAUCGACCAAGAACCAAAAGCCCACAGAGUACUGAGAAGCAACAGUUAGUAACAAAGCAGGAAGAAGAAAGAUAGGGGCGGGAUGGGAAACAUACCAAAAUGCCACUAAGAUAGACACCAGCAGCUCUGAGAACAGUGGAUGAAGGCAACUUGAAGGGCAAAUUGAACUUGAAGAGUCUUUCUGAGUGAGUUCCUACGUCCAUUGCAAAGUGAUUGAUGAGUUGUGAAGAGGUGAAGAGAAGAGGAGAUAAGAAGAGAAGAGGAAGUUUGCCGCUGGCCAAUCACAUGAGAAGGUCGGAUAGAGGAGGGAAGAGAAGAGAAGAGAAGAGAAGAAGAUGCAGCUCUACAGUUCUACAGAAGAUGAGUGUUAUGGAUCAUUUAUUGGUGAACGAAAGAAACCUCUAAUAAAAAAAUAGUAUAUCAAAUUAAAUAAAAUGGAAAGGGAUGGAAAAAGCAAAUGAAGAAAAUUAAAACUAGGCCUCAUAUGUGAUGGGGGGGGGG